AAUAGCUUCUUUUCUCUGUGCUGACAGGCUAGUGUUCUGACAGGCGAUCGAGUUUGGAGAAUGCCUCUCUUUGAACAUUACACAAAGCAAAUGACAGACUGUCACCUUGCAGAUAUCAAUAACAUUGGAAAAUACAGGUCUGGUGGUGCAUGUACAGCUGCUGCAUUCCUGAAAGAAUUUGUGACAGUUCCUCACUGGGCCCAUUUGGAUAUUGCUGGUGUAAUGGAAAAUAAAGAUGAGGUUCCGUAUCUGCGAAAAGGCAUGGCAGGAAGGCCAACACGUACCCUGGUUGAGUUUAUUACUCGACUGACCGAAGACAAGCAAAGCUUCUAGAAAGCAGCUGUGCAAGGAUCACCUCUGGCCUUAAAAUCAGUUAAUAUGAACAUGAAGAAACCAGUGAUCUCCCAGCCAGUGCACUGAUAUAAUUCCAAAAGGGCCAUCCACCCUCGACUUUAAUUUUGGGAGGCUCUUUAGAAACACAGUGAUGGACUAUAAAUUCAUUCCAUAGAGCUCUACUAAACCACAAUCUCUUUUUAUAAUCUUCAUCCCAGGAUUCUGUCCUGCAUUUGGUACCCAAAGAGCGAUCAGUUUAAACCAUAAGGCUUUGUAAUACAGAUUGAAUAAUAGAUGCACAGUUAUCACAUACAAUAAAUAUAUCUUCUGACA